AUGGCGGGAAAGGAAAACGGCGUCGUUCGGGAAAAGACUGUGAAUGAAUACGGCGACGGGGUUGCAUGGAUUAGGGGUCCAAUCAUCGGAAAGGGGAGUUUUGGGCGGGUUUACACGGCGACUCUGAAAAAUCCCAGACCAAAAUACAGCUGCUUCCCGGCCGUGAUGGCGGUCAAGUCUGCUGAAAUCUCUCGUUCGGGCACAAUUCAGAAGGAAAGGGAGGUAAUGAGCAAUUUGAAUUCCAGUCCGUAUUUGAUUAAGUGUUUCGGAGAAGAGACGACCGUGGGUGACAACGGCAUCAUGGCUUAUAAUCUGUUGUUAGAAUAUGGCUCUGGCGGGACCUUAGCCAGUAGGAUCGAGAAAUCGAGCGGCAAAGGGUUGCCGGAACUCGAAGUUCGGUCACAUACGAGGUCUAUUCUUAGAGGCUUGAAUCACAUUCACGCAGCUGGAUACGUGCAUUGCGAUAUGAAGCCUGAUAACAUACUACUCGUGCACAGAACAGCUGGAAAAGGUGGGAAAUUCACAGGGUUCACUGCGAAAAUCGGUGAUUUCGGCUUGGCAAAGAGAGGGAAAUGGGACUCGAGGAAGAGAAAGUUUAUGGAGCCCUGUUACUGGUGUGGGACUCCCACUUACCUGUCACCCGAAGCUGUGGUCGAGAGCAUACAAGAGGCUCCAUCUGAUGUGUGGGCUGUCGGGUGUAUUGUGCUCGAGAUGUUAACAGGUAAGCCCGCGUGGGAUGAGAAAAAUGCCAAUCGAAUUCUUGAAAAGAUUAAGGCUGCUAAUGAAAUUCCCAAAAUUCCGGAUAAGUUGUCGGAGGAUGCUCGGGAUUUUAUAAAGCGUUGUCUCGUGCGGAAAUCGAUGUAUAGGUUCACUUGUGAGAUGCUUUUAGAUCAUCCGUUUCUUGAAGACAUGGCUAGUGAUGAUGAAGAUGAUGACGAGGAUAAUGCAUUGGAAGAGUCUGAUGGUUGUGAAUGUCUGGAUGAGAUUGAGUCUGCAGAGGUGGAAUAUGAAAGUGAGGAGAUUGGUGAAGAGUUUUUUGCAGACGAGUGGGAUGAGGAGCCGUCUUCUUAUUGGUCUGAUUUGUCCAGGGAGAAAGAACCUGAAGUUGUUGAAAGAGAAGGCGUAGAGGCUGGUGUACCACAGGUUAUAACUAAAAGACGGCAAGAUUGUCGGGCUACUUUUACCAUCUCAACUGGAGUCCAAUUCAACUCUUCAUUGACCAGCUAUAUACUCUGUUGUGUAACUGAAACAUCUAUGGCGAAAAGUGAAGGCAAGGCGAUCGGCAUCGACCUCGGCACGACCUACAGCUGCGUGGGCGUCUGGCAGAACGACCGAGUCGAGAUUAUCCCCAACGACCAGGGCAACCGGACCACACCUUCCUACCGUCAGGCCACCAAGGACGCCGGCGCAAUUGCUGGUCUGAACGUGAUGAGGAUUAUAAACGAGCCGACUGCUGCUGCAAUUGCUUACGGCCUUGAUAAGAAGGCUUCUAGAAGCGGGGAGAAGAACGUGUUGAUAUUCGAUCUCGGUGGUGGGACCUUUGAUGUGUCUUUACUGACAAUUGAGGAAGGUAUCUUCGAGGUGAAGGCCACUGCCGGAGAUACUCAUCUGGGCGGCGAGGAUUUCGACAACCGUCUGGUGAACCACUUUGCAGCGGAGUUCAGAAGGAAGCACAAGAAGGACAUUUCCGGCAACGCCAGGGCUCUCAGGCGGCUGAGGACGGCUUGUGAGAGGGCAAAACGGACAUUAUCCUCCACCACACAGACGACAAUUGAGAUCGACUCACUUUACGAAGGGAUCGAUUUCUACGCCACCAUCACAAGGGCCAGAUUUGAAGAACUGAAUAUGGAUCUGUUCAGAAAAUGUAUGGAGCCAGUCGAGAAAUGCCUGAGGGAUGCCAAGAUUGACAAGAGCCAAGUUCACGACGUGGUUCUUGUUGGCGGAUCCACCAGAAUUCCCAAAGUGCAGCAGCUUUUGCAGGAUUUCUUCAAUGGGAAGGAACUCUGCAAGAGCAUCAAUCCAGACGAGGCCGUGGCCUAUGGGGCAGCUGUUCAGGCCGCGAUUCUGAGUGGAGAAGGAGAUGCGAAGGUUCAAGACUUACUUCUAUUGGAUGUCACCCCUCUCAGCCUUGGACUCGAGACAGCUGGCGGCGUUAUGACUGUCCUGAUCCCGAGGAACACUACUGUCCCGACUAAAAAGGAGCAGAUUUUCUCGACCUAUGCAGACAAUCAGCCUGGAGUAUUGAUCCAGGUGUACGAAGGAGAGCGCCCGAUGACUAAGGACAAUAAUCUUCUCGGAAAAUUCGAGCUCAAAGGCAUCCCUCCAGCACCAAGGGGAGUUCCUCAGAUCAACGUGUGUUUCGACAUUGAUGCGAAUGGGAUUCUGAAUGUGUCGGCUGAGGAUAAGACUGCUGGGGUGAAGAACAAGAUUACCAUCACCAAUGAUAAAGGGAGGCUGAGUAAGGAUGAGAUAGAGAAGAUGGUGCAGGAGGCUGAGAGGUACAAGGCUGAGGAUGAGGCUGUGAAGAAGAAGGUUGAGGCGAAGAAUGCUCUGGAGAAUUAUGCUUACAACAUGAGGAAUACUGUGAAGGAUGAGAAGAUUGGUUCUAAGUUGGGUUCGGAGAAGCAGACGAUCGAGAAGGCUGUGGAUGAGACGAUUGAGUGGUUGGAUAGGAAUCAGUUGGCUGAGGUGGAGGAGUUUGAGGAUAAACUGAAGGAGUUGGAGAAUCUGUGUAAUCCGAUUAUUUCGAAGAUGUAUGCAGGUGGGGAUGUGCCGCCAUCUGGGGCUGAGAUGCCUGGAGCUGGUGGCUAUGGAGGCAAUGCUGGCGGUGGGGCUACUGGUGCUGGUCCUAAGAUUGAGGAAGCUGCGAUUCACGACUACGGAGAAAGCGUUGCAUGGAUAAGAGGUCCUUUACUGGGAAAAGGGGGCUGCGGCCGCGUCUACAAGGCUAUUCCGAGACUCCCAUAUUCCAAAACAAAAGACGGCCGCCCUUUCCCCGCCAAGCUAGCCGUGAAAUCCGCCAAAUUUUCCCUUUCCAACACCCUUCAAGCCGAGAAGGAGAUAUUGAGCAACUUCAUCGGCUUCCCUUACGUAAUCCAAUGCCUCGGCAACGAGACCACCAUGAGUUGUCACGACGGCUUGCCGAGUUACAAUCUCUUGCUCGAGUACGCGUCCGGCGGCACCAUACUCGACAGGAUUCGCACGUCGCACGCCAGAAAAUUGCCCGUAAUCGAGGCAAAGAUGCACACGAGGUCCAUUCUGAGAGGUCUGGAACGCGUUCACGCGCUCGGGUACGUGCACUGUGAUCUGAAGCCGGAAAAUAUUCUGCUAGUGUCUUGUUCCGGUGAAAAUCAGUUGAGGGCGAAAAUUGGAGACUUUGGUCUGGCGAAGAAGAAGGGUUCUGUUCCGUACGCGAGGGGUACGACUCUGUAUCUGUCGCACGAGGCUGUGACGCGUAACCUGCAAGAGGCGCCGAGUGAUGUUUGGGCUUUGGGGUGCAUCGUGCUUGUGAUGCUGACUGGGAAGGCGCCGUGGAGUGGGAAGGGAAAGGAAAUUCUUGCGAAGAUAAGGGAAGAACGGAUGCCGUAUAUUCCUUCGGGGGAGAUAUCGUUUUUCGCGAGGGACUUUUUGGAGUGUUGUUUUGAGUUGGACGUAGAUUGUAGAGGGACUGCGGAGUCGCUUUUGCGACAUCCGUUUCUAUGUGGUUUGGGCGAAGAAGAUUAUUAUGGGGUGAAAGAGUUUGGUGAGAAGGUCGCGUCCACUAGUGACGAUUUCCGGCGGCUGACUCGUGUUUUUCCUGGUCUACCGCACGAG